AUGUAUACCUUUUUACUAAUCUUAUUAUUUUUCGUACCUAUAUUUUAUGCUGAACAAUAUCAAACAGAAUUAAACAAGAAUCAAGAGAUAUAUCUACCACGUUCAGCAGCUGCUAAUUAUUUAUUUGAUUUACCAGUACGUCGGAGUCAAAAUCAAUUAUUAAAUGCAAUAAAAGAUAGUUCAUUAUUAUCAGUAUCAACAGAUGGAAAUAAUCAACAACAACAACAACAACGUGGAAAACGAAUCUAUUGGGAAGAUCUUGCAUUUCAUGCAGUUGAUUAUGACUACAAAAUUAAAAAAAGCAACAAAUUUUGA